AUUUCCGGUGGCAGCUUGAGGCUUGAGCGGCUGCUCGGAAACAAACGAUGCCACUUGCUCUCUGCUUCAAUCCCGACACCACUCUUCUUCUCCGACCAAUCCCAUCGUCGACCCAUCUCGCCAUCUCCUCUCGCCACCCGCGCUCCUGGUCCCCGAUCUCACGCGCCGCCGCCACCGUCUCCGCCAUGGCCGUCGGCUCCGUCCGAGUCGCCACCGCCCAGAUGACCUCCAUCGACGACCUCGCCGCCAAUUUCGCCACUUGCUCUCGCCUCGUUCAAGAAGCAGCUUCUGCGGGGGCUAAAUUGCUUUGCUUUCCGGAAAGCUUCUCCUUCAUCGGUGCCAAUGAUGAGGACAGUGUUAAAAUUGCGGAACCAUUGGAUGGACCGAUCAUGCAACAAUACCGAUCUCUUGCAAGGGAGUCGAAAAUCUGGUUGUCACUUGGAGGAUUCCAAGAAAAAGGGUCAGAAGAGGCGCAUAUCUGCAACACACAUGUUGUGAUUGAUGAUGCUGGUAACAUUAGGAGCUCUUAUCGGAAGAUACACUUGUUUGACGUGGAUGUUCCAGGCGGAAGGUCAUACAAAGAGAGCAGCUACACAGAACCAGGAAAAGAUACGGUAGCUCUAGACAGCCCCAUUGGACGUCUGGGGCUGACAGUUUGCUAUGAUGUGAGAUUUGCAGAGCUUUACCAACAGCUAAGGUUCCAACAUGAAGCACAGGUUCUUUUGGUGCCUGCAGCUUUUACAAAGAUAACAGGUGAGGCACACUGGGAAAUUCUACUUCGUGCUCGAGCAAUAGAGACUCAAUGCUAUGUCAUAGCUGCUGCGCAAGCUGGAAAGCAUAACGACAAGAGAGAGAGCUAUGGCGACACACUAAUCAUUGAUCCGUGCGGCACCGUAGUUGGUCGUCUACCUGAUCGUGUGUCAACAGGGAUUGCGAUAGCUGAUAUUGACCUAUCGUUAGUGGAUUCAGUGAGAACAAGGAUGCCAAUAGCCAAGCAUCGGAAGCCGUUCAACUUCUGGAGACCUGCAUCCUUGUUAUUCCCUUUACUGUGCAUUUCCAAGCUGAAUAAAGUUGCAAGAGUCAAUAUGCUUCGUGUUGCUGAGAGCAUGAUACCUUUGCGUCCAUUGGCUUCAGAGACAAGGCAUUCCGACGUGUCAUAAGAUCCGUGAAGCAAUAGAAAUUGGAUGCAGACAGCAACAUACUGCACUUGUCAUUUUGAAUUCGUGUACCUGGUUUUUCAUCGCUGUUAAUCUCGGAGUAGCAUUGGUCAUAUGUGCAUGGAAGCUCUAUGUGCAGGCGUUUGGCCUUCCAAACGUUUUCAGUCAUUUUGAAGCGUUGAAUCUACUGAUGUGAUUCUGGGUUGAAUUGAAUUUUAACUGACAUUGUCAUUAUGUGAAUUGAAUACUCCGACCUGUGAAACAUUUGGUCAAA